AUGCGCGCUGGCCAAGCAGCUGAUCAUAUACGAGUGUCCACAUGCCUUCGUGCAGCGGUGGUCUGCCAUGGUUAUCGGGACCCACAGGCAAUCCGUAUUGAGGAUCAGACGGAGGACGCGCGGCGCAAGGCUCUGCUGAAGUCGAAGCCUGCUCGGCUGACAGAGGCUUCGCUAUCAGUCUCCAUCGACAUCCAGACCCGUAUGGUAUUCUUCGCCCAUUAUGUGUCUGUGGGCUCCUGUGAAUGGGGCUUUCUGAUUCGAUGGAAGCGUGAGAUGGAAGCGGCGCCUCGUUGGUUAGAUGCGAGCAUUGAUGCAGUGAGCUCAGCUCUUCUGGCGCACCACCAUGUCUCGGAUCCUUUAUUGUCCUUGGCUCGUCAGCGGUAUGCUUUGGCAUUGCGCGUGAUGAAACAAGCUUUGAGCGUUCCCCCCACUGCGAGAGAUAACCUGAUCGCGGCAUCUCUACUGUUGGACCUAUUCGAAAAGAUCACCCACACUGAAGCCAGCGUCGUUCAAUUCUGGCCGAGCCAUGUCAACGGGUACAUGAAUUUGGACGGUAGUCACACUGGUCUCUGUUACAUACAUACAGUCUGGGCUGCGUGUGCGAGGAAAGCAUACCUUUAA